AUGCCUCAAAAGCCGCGUCUAGGCAAGCAUAGCUCACGUACGCGACGCUUUCGUGGUCUGCUGCUGCUUCUGGCUGUCGCAUGUGCUGGUCUGUGCGGUAGGUUACUUUGGCCCUGGCCCAAAGCCGAGCACUGGGACGCGCUUUGUCAUCACAGGCCGUCGGUCUUACUGGAGCCUUACGCUUUUGCAAACUUGGCAAUCUGCAUCGUGACCUGUACUUCAGACAAUCGUCACUAUUGCGAUGAUCCUAAGCGCCACGUCGCGCUCGUUGAAAGUCAACUUCGCACGUGGGCGGCGGACGCGCUUCGCUUUGGAGCGAACGUUCUCAUCGCUAGCGACGCACCGUGGCCAGCAUGGGCGACGCCGCUCCCAGCCAGUGUGGACUACCAAUGGUUUUCGGUGCCGAAACCCAGCUGUCUUCGGCUUGGAUUCGAACGGGGUCGACCACGUGAGGGUGUCUUUCGACCCGAGUCGAAUCGCACGCGACAGGUGCUCGGCUAUGCCUGGAAGGAACUGCCGUCGACUAUACAGUUCUUCUUGAAAAUCGACGAUGAUGCGUACUUGCGGCCUCAUCGGAUCUUUCCACUGCUUCAGCACUUGGAUCCAGCGCGGCCGCUCUAUUUGGGAAGUGUACGAACGUUCUGGGGAGCGCUCGAUCCUGUCCACGCUGAAGCGGCGAAUGCCUCGCAAGAUCGCCGCGCUGCACCGAGCAUCCUUGAGUAUGCCAUGGGCGGUGCUGGUUACGUGCUCAGCCGGGCGCUCGUAGCCACGCUCGUAUCCCGAUUCCAGUCAUGUCGUCUGUAUAAUGGUGAGGACAAGGACUUGGCUGCGUGUGUGCGGGCUUGCCCUGACGCGGAAAUACUGAAUGUGGCGGGUUUUUGGUACGGCCCGCCGGAGACAGCUCCACCACAACAGCGCGACUCUAUGAUCUCGUUUCACAAAUUGAACCGCGCAGCGGAUAUGGUGCGUAUUCACAAAAGUUUCGGUAUGCAUGCGAAUUGCGCUCGAGUGGACUCUGGAGGCGAUUUUGUGUGA